GACCACAAACAAGGAGAUUUUCUUAUUUUAGCCUUUAUAUUGAUCAAAUCCGCAUUAUAUGUGCAGCGUUCUAAAUAUAACACAGGCACAAGGAACGCGAAGAAGGAUAGCACGCGAGAAAACGAUGGCAAAGUAUCAGCUGCUUUAUUUUCCGCUGAGGGGUCGUGGCCAGGCUACACGAUAUUUGUUUAUAGAUAAGGGGAUAGAAUAUGAGGAAAUCAAUACUGGAAAUAAUUGGGUCGAAAACUUCAAACCAAAGAUGCCAUUUGGUCAAGCCCCCUUGUUGAAAGACUUGGAAAACGGUUUUGAAAUUGCACAGUCGAAUUCUAUGAUCCGGUAUCUUGGGAGAAAACAUGGUUUGUAUCCUGAAGAUAUCAAAGAAGCUGCGAAAGUGGAUAUGAUAUGCGAUCAUAUUGAGGAUAUUAGAGGACCCUAUGUCAGAAUGAUUUAUCAGAACUAUGAAAACGGCAAAGAUGAUUUUGUCAAAAGUCUUGAAGAAAAGCUUCAAUACAUUGAGAAGCUAUUCAAAGCUUGGGGGACUGAUUACAUUGCAUCCAAGAUAUCGUUCGCUGAUUACAAUUUAUUAGAUUUGCUGGACGACCUUGUGAUCUUGUCUGCAACUUGCCUAGACGCUUUCCCAACAUUGAAGGCGUAUUACGACCGCAUGGCUUCACGCCCAGCUCUGAAGAAAUACCGUGAGUCGGAAGAAUUUAAGAAGAUGCCCGUCAACGGAAACGGAAAACAGUAAUUAUGUACAUCAGUGAUCAGUGACGUCACGAUUCAUGUAAUCGGAAAUGACAAAAUAAUACUGCUAGCGUCUUGGUGGACUGAAACGACGCAAGUGUUAAAGUCAUCACUAGCUUUAUCAAAUAUUGUAAAAUAAACGUAACCUACACGAAUAAAACAACAACGAUGAAAUAAUUAUGUGAACAUACGCUGUGUUUGUUGCAAUUUCAUGAUAAAGUCUGUGUCACACCGUUUGUUAGGAUAGCCGUUUUCUUAAGUGUAUAGAAUGCAACGAAAAGUUGUUUAUAAUUUUUACUUUUGUUGGCAGCUCACAUUUCAUCUGUUUAAGUUUACUUCAUAGUACUGAUUAAUUUGUGUUACCCUGUUAAGAAGUAUAGCUAGAUCUUAAUAAAGGUGACAGGAAUAUG